AUGAGCAAAGACUCGUCCUCAACAUACCUACACAUGCACCACCCCCGCCUAGCAGAUUUCUUCGAAGAAUUCACGCGUCCGCAUACCUCAACAGCCUCAGCCACAAACCAACAAUUCAAUGCAAACAACCAAUCCAACAACGCAACUACCUACGGCUCCUCAUCUCCCUCCACAAUCCCCUCAUUCCUGCCUAUCGAAGACAUCUACGUCCAACCACAAUACCAACCUCCAAACCCCGAAGACGAGGACGACGUUGUGCCGGACCAGCAUGCUGCGUUUGGAAUUACUCGAGCCAUGGAUCGGAGACGGGAUCCGGUUUGGCGUGAUCUAGGGCUUGAGGCACUGGUGAAUGGGCAGGGACAUGGUGGUAUGGGUGUUUCUGCUAAUGGUGGUGCCGGGGGGACGGGUGCCGCUGGGGGUUCGGGGCCUGCGGCUACGUUGAGGGGAACUGGUGGGGGUGCGGCGUCGGCGAUGUCGGCUGCUGUGAGGGUUAGUAAUGCUGGACGGAGGAUGGGUGGACGAAGAGUUGUUUGUUUGCGGUGA